CCUCUUUUUUUACUGCUUGGUACUACUGAUAGUUACAACAAAAAUGAGAAAAAGUGUUUGGGGUUUUUAGCAUUCAGUUCCUAGAUAGAUUAAUAAAUGCCAAAAAUAAGGUCGCAAUAAAUGCACCAAAGAGAGAGAGAGGGAUGAAGGGGAGGGACCACAAACAUAAGAGGAAACUUCCCUCAUUAAAUGUACAUCCCCAACGACAAGUCGUCAUUGCCAUGAUGUAAGACGACCCAUCAUUCACCGGGAAGAAUAUUCACCAUCGACCAAGUAAGUGUCUCAUCAACUUUUCUUGAUGAUUCGACUCAACAACAGUCAAUACUUCCAUUUCCUGCAGUGGGCCAACGCUUUACGGCGCUCAGGUUUAAUGUGUGAUGCCCUCAUCUUGGUGAAGAAUCAGACAUUUCGGGCUCAUCGGCUGGUGUUGGCAUGUGCUAGCAGACGACUCGAACAGAAACUCACCCGAGCGGACACAGACGGAGAGGUCCACUGUAGACUGGAGGAUAUCUCACCCAAAACCUUCCAGCAGGUCUUGGACUUUGCCUACACACAGAGUCUGGAGGUGUCGGAAGAUGAUCUGCAACAGCUUCUCCUCGCUGCUCAGUUUCUGGAAAUGCACCCGCUGGAGGAGCAGUGCCAGCGCCAUUUGGACACACUCAGAACAGAGCAGGUGUGUCAAAGACACAAAGGAACCAGUGAGAGCGAUGAGGAAGAGGAGCUCAAGAAAAAGAGUAAUGCGGAGGAGAACCUCCAAGAGGCUCCUAUCACCAAAACCAAUAUCACGGAAAAGACAACCGCAGAAGAAUCAAGAAAAAAGUCCAAAUUAACGAUAUACAGUCGAGGCAGCGUCAUCACCAGCUCAGUCUCUAACUCGUCGUCCUCUCCUUGGACCAUCCCAAACCACAUGUGGAGCUGCGCAAGCAGCCUGAGACGUCGAGCCGAGAACGACUCCACCUUGCGAGCAGCUCAGCCCUGUCAGCGCACUGCAGCACAUGCCAUCACUUUCCCCACACCGCACAUCUCCCCUCUUCAAGGACCCCCUUUCCAGUCCCUGAGUAACCGCUCUGUGGUAGCAGGCUUGCAUCCACUUUAUGGACAACAGCUUUACUUUGCCACCACUGAGACGGGAGGUAAAAUCAAACCGGACUUGCAGGUGACAAGAAUAAAGGCAAGCAAGAAGGCAGACAAAACCAGUGAGAUCGGUUGCCCAGGAGCGCACAAUGCCAACAUGGUAAAAGAAUGCAACCACUGCAGGUCACAACCGCGUCGUGACCCUGCCUCCUCGCCAUCAGACAAUGAAUGCCGAUUGAAUGGGCAAGACUUGAGAGGAGAGAGACCCUACCAGUGCCGACACUGUCCUAAGAAGUUUAGUCUCAAGCAUCAACUGGACACGCAUCACCGUAUUCACACAGGUGAGAAACCCUUCGAGUGUCGUCUGUGUGGGCAGCGCUCCCGGGACUUCUCAGCCAUAAUCAAGCACCUGCGGACUCAUGGUGGGGCAUCCCCUUACCGGUGCACCCUCUGCUUAGAGUUCUGCAGCAGUCUGGUGGCCAUGCAGAGGCACGUCAAGAGCCACCCGCUGCACGAAUUCCCCCCAGACUGGAACAUCAGUUGCACAUACCUGUACAUGUCACAUAUCAGUCAACACUGACAGCUUUCAAUAGGACACAUCUGUAUAGUGCAAUAAUGCACUUGGCGUCUUCUUGCAUCACCAGUUUGGAGGACU